UCACUCAACUACCAUAACGAAUUACAAUCCCAUAAUCAAAAUCAAAUUAUCCAUACUUCCGAAAAAAACAAAAAAAUUCCAGAAUUCCCCCAUGAGAAAAUCGGGGAAAGUACUGUAAUCAAUUACUUCUUCAUGGGUCGUCGUCUUCCUACGCCUUCUAUUUUCUCUCUCCUCAAAAAACAAAAAAAAAAAAAACCCAACUUCACCUCCAUAACUAAAAUCUCAAUGCAUAAACUUCAUCUCUAACCUCUCAUUCUUCAUCUCUAACUUUCUCUCUCCUCAACAAUUGUACUUUAAAUCUAAAUCUUGUUAUAAUCUGGAGAAUUGAUUGAGAAAAAAUAAGAGAAUGAUGGGUUCGGAGAAUGAAGAGGGAGUUCAUCCUCUUGCUCCGAGUGAUGAAAUGGAAACCCUAAUUUUGGACGAUCCAUUAUCAUCUUCAAAAUCGUAUGCUAAUUACAAAAGUGCAAUCACUAGUUUAUCUGAUUCUCAUAACCAUCCUUUAUCGUCGUCGAUUUCGGCGGAACCUGCUGAUUCAGAUCCAUUGUUGUCUUCUCUACAAGAGGAGGAUCAAAUUAGACCUAAAGAGAUUGAUUUUAGUUCACAUUUUGAGGAUUCUGAUUACUCUGAUGUGUUUGUUAGUUCAAUGAAGGGGGGAAUGAAUGGUGGGGGUACCAAUGGGGUUGGUAGCCCGAGGGUAAAUUCGGGGAGCUUUCCGAGAUCGGAAUCCUCGAGUGCUUUGGGUUCUGAGUACUUGAGUAUUACAGUUUUGAACCCCCAGAAAGAGCAUGAGGUGUCAUCGAACUCAAUUGUUCCCGGGGGGAAUACUUAUGUGACUUAUUUAAUUAAUACGAAGACAAAUAUGCGAGGGUUUGGUGGGUCGGAGUUUAGUGUUAGGAGGAGGUUUAAGGAUGUGGUGACGCUAGGGGAUAGGUUAUCAGAGUCUUAUAGAGGGUUUUUUAUACCUCCUAGGCCAGAUAAGAGUGUGGUGGAGAGUCAGGUGAUGCAGAAGCAGGAGUUUGUCGAACAGAGAAGAGGAGCGUUGGAGAAGUAUUUGAGGAACUUGGCUGCUCAUCCGAUGAUUAGGACGAGUGAUGAGUUGAGAGUGUUUCUGCAAGUACCGGGGAAGCUUCCUUUGCCCACUAGCACGGAUGUUGCAUCGAGGAUGCUAGAUGGGGCUGUCAAGUUACCAAAACAAUUGUUUGGGGAUUCGAGGAGUGUUGUGGCCCCUCACGAGGCAGUUCAGCCUGCUAAAGGAGGAAGGGAUUUGCUGAGGUUGUUUAGAGAGCUGAAGCAGUCUGUUACAAAUGACUGGGGAAAUUCGAGACCAGCAAUUGUUGAGGAGGACAAGGAGUUCUUGGAGAAGAAGGAUAAGCUCUAUGAUUUCGAGCACCGUCUUACCGAUGUGUCUAAACAGGCCGAAUCGCUUGUCAAAGCUCAACAAGAUAUGGGAGAUACAAUGGGAGAUUUGGGGUUAUCAUUAUUUAAAUUGACAAAAUUUGAGAAUGAGGCAACAAUUCUCGACACCCAAAGAAAACGUGCUGCUGAAAUGAAAAACAUAGCAACAGCUACUGUCAAAGGCAGCAGAAUAUACAGGGAUUUAAAUGCCAGAACAGUGAAAAGCCUGGAUACGCUUCAUGAAUAUCUUGGAGUUAUGUUAGCUGCUCACAAUGCAUAUGCAGAUCGCGCAAAUGCGUUGUUGACAGUUCAGACACUUCUAUCAGAAGUAUCCUCCUUGCAAUCGAGGGCUGAAAAACUCGAGGCUGCAUCAUCUAGAGUCUUUGGUGGUGAUAAGACGAGAAAUCAUAAGUUGGAAGAAUUGAAGGAAACCAUGAAAAUUACUGAAGACUCAAAGAAUUGUGCAGUCAGAGAAUAUGAGCGAAUCAAGGAAAAUAACAAGACUGAACUUGAACGAUUUGAAAGGGAAAAACAUACGAAUUUUCUGAAAAUGUUGAAAGGAUAUGUAAAUGCUCAGGUAAGCUCCGCUGAGAAAAUGUCCAAUUUGUGGUCUAGAGUUGCGGAAGAGACCAGCGUUUAUGUGAAAGAAAGUUCCUGAGUGAAAGAGUAUAUAUAGCUCAUAGCUGUAAAGCUGAAACAGUAGAAUUCUUCCUGUGUCUUUCAUAAUAUUUCUUCCCACUGUUUUGAUUAAUCAAGAACUAGACAACUUCAUACGACAGACAAAGAUAUGGAAGCUCAGAAUACAACUUCUAGGAACUCGAUUGGAUGUGUUUGUUUCCGGAGUUCGGAUGCAUAAACCUUGUAAAGAUUUUUCCACUUAUGCUGGAUGUUUAUGGAAAGCCUUAUUGCAUUUUGAACUUUUUACAUACUAAUAAGAUAUUACAGAGAUUGCCUGAUCAUCAAUAAGGGCAUUUCUGUUCAAUUUUACUUCUUUUUUUUCACAUAUAUAAUCUUACUUUUAGUGAUGGACUAA